CUCUCUCUCUCUCUCUCUCUCUCUCUCUCUCUCUCUCUCUCCGAUCCAGCCCCUCCAUAACCACGCGAUCGGCCAGAUCCCUCCGGCCGCCGGCGAUCCACCCCUCCCCGGGGGAUGCCGAUGGCUCGCCGCGGUUUCGCGCCACCGCUCCUCGUCCUGCUCCUGCUUCUAUCCACCGCCGCGCGGCCGUCUCUCGCCCAGCCGAUCAAGAACAACACGAGCGGCGGCGGCCACCGCUCCAGGACCGCCGGCGGGUUCACGCCGACCACGAUGAUCGUGCUCGUCGUCCUCAUCUCCGCCUUGGUCGUCCUCACGCUCUUCUCCAUCUACAUCAACCGCUGCGCGCAGGCGCGCCCUCCCCCGCGCCGGCCGUCCCGCUACGCCCCGGAUCAGCGGGCCGCCGCCGCCGCCGGAGCCGCCCGGGCGGACCGCGCCGGUCUCGACAGGGGCACCGUGGAGUCGUUCCCCACCGCGGUCUACGGCGACGUCAAGGCGCGCGUGGCGGCCAAGUCAGGGCCGCUCGAGUGCGCGGUCUGCCUCGCCGCGUUCGAGGACCACGACGAGCUCCGCGUGCUCCCGGCCUGCUGCCACGUCUUCCACCCGGACUGCAUCGACCCCUGGCUCGCCGGCGCCGUCACGUGCCCGCUCUGCCGCGCCGACCUCACCGUCGUCUCGCCUCCGGCGGCCACCGCCGAGAGCUGCGACCCGACGGCGCGCCACGGGGCGGUGCGGGAAGAGCCGCCGGACGAGGAGGUGGACGAGCGAGACGAGGCGUGCCUCGUGGCCCCGUUCACGCCCGAGUCCGUCAUGAGCUUCGGCGCGGCGCGGUCCCACGAGUUCCACUUCCGGCGGACGCAGUCGGCCAUGGACAUGCGGCCGGACCGCCACACGCUGCGGCUGCCGGAGCACGUCAUGAAGGAGCUCGCCGCCGUCCGGAGGCACCGGCGCGCCGCGAGCCUCGCCGGGUACACCCCCGACGCCGCUGUGGAGCGGACGCCGCGGUGGCUGGCGUCGUUCUGGCGGUCCGUGUCGUGGCAGCGGCAGGGCCGCGCUGAUCCGGAUGCCCCGGAGGAGCACGGCGGCAGCAAGCGGAUCGUCCCGAUCACUGGAGCGCCGGCAGAACAGCCCGGCGGAUCAGGCUCUGCUGCUGUGGACGACAAGGAGAAAUCUGAUCUUGGCGCGUUAAGCCAGGUCUGAUUGAUUUACUUUCGCGUGCCUGUAAGGAUGAUCUGUGUGGUACUGGUACAAGACCGUGCAAGCUGUACAAUCAGCAGGUGUGAUGCUUGCAUCCUGGUACCUGCAAACAAGAUUAGGUUCUGCAUAGUGUACAUCAUAAAAAUGUCCGAUCUCGAUUUGAAUGCCUCCCAGAAUUGUAAGAUUCUUUUGGCGAUCGAGUAAUGCUCCUUAAAUAGGCCA